AUGUCAAUGAACACCUGUAACCUUUUCCCCACGCUGAGGACACAGUGUGACGACAUGGAAGCCACACCCAAGCUGACUCCCAACCCUGAUAUGUCUGAGACAGUCAUGGAAGGACUCACGCCAAUCCCGACCACGGCCCAAGAACAUCAACCCCACGCAGCCUCAACAACCACCACCAUUCCAGACGACAUGACAGCCACACCCACGCUGACUCCCAACCCUGGCAUGUCUGAGACAGUCAUGGAAGGACUCACGCCAAUCCCGACCACGGCCCAAGAACAUCAACCCCACGCAGCCUCAACAACCACCACCAUUCCAGACGACAUGACAGCCACACCCACGCUGACUCCCAACCCUGGCAUGUCCGAGACAGUCAUGGAAGAGCCGAUUCCAGAUCCCACCACGGCCCAAACUCUCGCAAAGAAGACAUGGAGCAAGCAAGACAUGAUCUGUCUUGCUGCAUUGAUCUUCUGCAUACCGAUCCAUAUGUGCCGACACUUCGGCUUGGAUCGUGAUAGGUUUUAUGACAUCUCCCUGGUCAUCGCGGGGUGUGUCUUGAUCUUUGCGACGACUAUACAUUUCCUGGACAUACCCGCCACCCGACUAAACAACAUGGAGCCGUGGCUGGAGGUACUUCGCCGCAACAUUCCCCGCGCCACGAGUGUGCUUGAGAGCCACUUCCUCGCCAUGUUGGGUCGCCAACUUCUGCUGCGUUUGAUGUUCGUCGUCCAAUACCUUUUCUACAUUCCGAACGGCCCAUCUUGGGAAGCUUUGAACGUGGCUAUGGCUGACUGGCCAGUCACUAGAGGCUUCUUCAACGGAUACCCAUGGGCGUUAUUUCUCAUCAUAUUGCUCUGCAUCACCAAGGAUGCCUGGUGGAAGCCGACAACUAUGAUCUUCCGACGCAACAUCAUUGAGCCGUAUGGUCGACUGUGCGCCUUCGUCACUAUGGCGUUGCCAUUGAUACAGGAUACUGUGCGCCACAACGUGGAUCAGGCUUGUCUGGCUGUGCGCCACAACGUGAACCAGGCUUGUCUGGCUGUGCACAACAACGUGAGCCAGGCUUGUCUGGCUGUGCGCCACAACGUGAACCAGGCUUGGUUGGCUAUGCUCCACAACGCGGACCAGGCUCGUUUGGCUGUGCGCCACAACAAGAACCAGGCUUGUUUGGCCAUACGCGAAUAUGCUCAAGCCAAGUGGGCAUCAUUGUGCCGUCGCUGCAGCAUCGUCUGGGACCGCGCAUGCGGCUAUACUCGCGACAUCCGGUCAUUUGGCCACGCAUCCAUCCUUCGUGCUUGGAGCAGCACCCGCCACAUCUCUCAUGCUGCCCGCUGGUUCGCGAUCACCACGGCCGGAUGCACUCGCGCUGGUUGCCUCACCCUCUGGAACUUGCCUGCGCGGGUACGAGACGCGGGAGGCCUACAGGAGUUUGCAGUGGCUUUGAAGAAUGGACUCGUCGCCUUGGAUUGGUUUCACGUGGCUCGCAUCGUGCUCUGCGUCAUGGUAUGGCCUGCGUUCCUGUGUCUGGCACACAUGAACGAUUCAUCCGUAUGCAACACGAUUGGUUUUGCGAUAGCAUGCACGACUACUGUCCUCGUCUCCCAGGGUCCUCUACACUGGACAUCUUCGUUGGCCUUGGGUGAGCAGGAUAGGGCUUCAUGA